CUUGAUUCCGUUUCUAUCGUAGAAUUCAAACCAUCAGUUCAGCUUCUUCGACACUGGUUGUCACCGUUGAUUCAAUAGACUUGAACUUCGCUCACUUAUACAUUGAGUAAUCGACCGAUACACAUUCAUUUCACUUCUUCGCGUCUUUCUUUCGUUUGAUAAGAUCUCCAUCGUUCAUCAUCUAAUCGCCAACAUACCCAUCGCACAACAUCAAUCAUGCCUAUCAAGUCAUUAGCCACCAAGUUCGGCAAGGGCGCCAUAACAAAGCCCAUCUACAUCUACGAGACAUGGAUGCGUCUCGUCGGCCGCGGUCUCCAGCUGAUCUUCGCCCUCAUCGUCGUAGGCCUGUACGGCUCGCGCGUGAGCUCCGACCACAGCCACGACCGCUCGCAAGCCGUGCAAUGGGUCUACGCGCUAUUCGUGUCCUCCCUCAGCGCCGUCACGGCCGUCGCCUUCGCCGUUCCGCAGCCCUUCUUCAAGACGGCGCGUCUAUUCGCAUGGGACUUCACCUUAUUCAUCCUGUGGAUCGCCGCCUUCGGGACCUUCGCCGUCAUCUUCCUGCGCAUGCCCGACGACGACGAGCACAAGUGGUACGAGAACACGCGCGUGAGCGUCAUGCGCGCCGCCGUCUGGAUCGACCUGAUCAAUGCUCUGUUCUGGCUCGCGACGGGCGGCUACGGGUGCUUCCGGACCUUCGUCUCGCGGAAAGUCGACGAGAAGAUCGACCAUAAGCUCGAGCAGAUCGAGAACAAGGUCGGGGAUAAGCUCGAGGAGUCCGGCAUGGGCGCUAAGCUGGGCAGUGCGUCCAAGGUCGUCUCCGUCGCCAGCAAGGUUGCGCCUAUCGUCGCGCCCAAGCACGCUGCGAAGUUGGAUAGGUUGAAUAAGUUUACCGGCCCGAAUGCCGUGUAGACAAUUACUUCUGCUCUGAGUUAUGAACACAAAGAGUAGGGACAGCAGGGGACGAGAGAGAGGAGGGUAAUAAUGGGCGGAUUUAAUCACUUUUUCUUGAUUUAAAGGUUCUCUUCUUCCAGCGGACUUGCAUUUGGUUUCAUGGGGCGUUUCGGCGACAUGGCAUAUUAGCUAUUUCAGGACUGCAUUCAGGAGAAGGUGUUAGACAUCUUGUAUCAUCAUCUGAUAUAUAUAUUCCUUGGUUCAAUCGAUACAGCAGCUGUCUCUCGGUCGAUAGACAGCCGAAUCCCAUGACGGGUCGUGCCUUUCUGUUAAAAAUUAUAUUGAGGCUGUGAUCGCGUAAUACUCUCAUUCAUGUAUGAUCA